AUGGAUACAACCCGGGGCCUGCAUAUUCUGGAGGUAGAAUUCUUCAGCGAUGCGCGGGUUGAGUUACUGCGUGAACUUGACAGCCUUUUUAACGAACGGCCUGUUUCGAGAGAACUGUGGGCUUUCUUAUGGCUAGCAGACCUUGAUAAGCUGAGAGAACUCAUUGCAAAGGUACGAGCCGACGACCCUAGGGAUCAGUACAUUAUCCUGGAUGCGCUUGUAAGGCAAGGGCAGAUGGUGAAAUACUGGACCCAGAAAAGCCGGCAGUCCUCUGCAGCAUCAACUCCCCGCUCAUCUUCGCCUGCCCCUGCCCAGUCCCCAAAAAGCACUCCUAAUGGCCCGGCUCCACGCAGGCUUAAACGCAAGUUAGGAGAGCUUACUAGAUCAUCAGACGAAGCUGAAAAGUGCCGCGAACGCGAUAGCCAGAAGUGCAUCAUUACCGGCGCCGGUAGACCAAUAGAGGUGGCCCAUAUCUUCCCAUGCUCAAUGCGAUAUGCCCAAUCACCCGAGGCAAGCAACGACAUUUAUAGCCCCUGGAGGGUUUUAAGGCGUUUCUGGAGCGAGGAUAAGGUCAACGAAUGGUUUCGAGCUAUCCUACCCACUACCGAGACCGUGACGAAUAUGCUCUGCCUUGCACCCCAUGUCCACAAAUAUCACGAGAAGGCGUAUUUUGCUUUGAAGCCAGUUGAGGUCAGCGAAGAUAGGACUCAACUCAAGCUCAGCCUUUACUGGCUGCCUCGUGUCGACACCCCGUCAGCCAUGCGAGUCUCAGCAAAACCCGACGUUCCAGCGAUAAAUGACCGCAGAUGGGUUGGAGAGCGCGGGGCCCAAGCGGUCGAUAAGGUCAAGCUGUACAAUGUGGACACUGAUCUAAGGAUUUGUAGUGGUGAUCUCAUUGUGAUCAAAACCGCCAACGCGGAUACUCAUCCGCUGCCAGAUUUGGCGCUUCUUCAAAUGCAAUGGGUGCUUCAGGCGGUAACAGCCCUGGCCGGCGGAGCGGAACCGCUUGACCUAGAAGACAACUCCGAUGAUGAAUCCCCAGAUAUGGCCAUGGACGUCUAUGCUAGUGAGGAUGAAACUAUGUCGGAACUAUCACUCUCACCCCACCCGCCUCUAGGUGUUCUUGAUACCAAGCUCCAGCCUACCCUCAUAACCUCUUAA